AUGUCCCUUGUGUCUGUGACCCUGGCAGCCGCCAUCCUGCUUUUAACAUCACCCUCUCUCAGUGGUCAGGGAGAUUCAGCCUGGUCCUGCCAGGAGGGACGGCCAUGCCAGCUUGCAUUAGCCUCUCACAACCCUGUGUUCCUGGACUGCCCAAGUGCCCUGCACUCCCCCAACAUCUCCUGGCAUUUCUUAAAUUUGAGUGUGGAGAACAGCAGCUUUGUCCCCUUCAUCAAUAGCAGCGGACCCAUCAAGACCCUCCAGCACCCAGGCUUGUCUCAACUGGCUGGCAAAGCUGAGCUUAUUGAGGGGGACCUCAAGUUAAAGGAUCCCCAGACUUACGAUACGGGAAUCUUUUUGUGCAAAGAUGGCGACAGACUCCUUGCCUAUUUUGAGACGGACUUCCAGGAUGCCCUUCAGCUCCAUGUGUCCCACGCAGCCCUGGAUCAGAACACCAGGCCGCUUGAGAUGGUGGCUCUGGAUGACGGGAGGGAGCUUGAAAUGUACACUCACUGGAGCGGCUGGCAAGCGUGUGACCGCUGUGACGCUGAAGGGGAGAGGAGAAGACUUGGCUUUUGUUACGCCCGCCUGCUGAGCGGCAGCGAUGUGCCAGGAGAGCCCCUGCCGUGUGGUCUCAUGAGGGUCAAGCUGGGUGCCCACAGCGUGCCAGCCCUGAGCCUGGGCCCCGAACUCAGGACAGAAACCUGCAUGGAGACGUGCAGAGGGGUGCCGGCCACGGGCAUCGACAAGGAGAUCCCCAUCCUGCUGAAGGACACCUUCCUGGCACAGCUGAGGGAGCCCGUUGAGCUCAGGUGCCCGAAAGCUUCGGUGUACAAGUAAGGGGGUGAGACUGGCACGUCCUGCUCUCUUCUUUCUCUGAUGUCUCAGUUUUCAUUUGUUGAAUUCAAGCACAGAGCACCUUAAUCACAGUAAUGGCGCCUGGGUGACGAUCUAUUAAUCAAAGG